AUGGGUGACAAUGGCAGCACUCACGCUUUAUACCUCGAAACCAUAGUCGAGGAAACGAGCGAUGAUUUGCGUUCAGAACGUUCUUCUGCUGCAACAUGGCUCUCGGAUUCAGAUGCAGAUUCGGUUAUACAUGUGCGCGGUGCUGCAGGAUCAGAGUGCGACAGCGAGUCAGAGCGCGAGUGGGCGUGUCCGGCGAAGAGGCGACGGCGCGAGCGCGCUUCCUCGCCGACCAGCACGGGCUCGCUCUCGCGCUCCUCAAGCCUGGCACAGUUUGAGUCACUGGAACGUUCCUGUGCCGCACCCGCCUCGCCUAGCUUAUCGCCAGACUCGUUGGAGUCGCCACCGCCGUCACCUCCGCCCGCACGUGCACCCGCACCGCGCACCCACCUGUCUGCAGAGAACCUUAGUGAGGAUAGUGGCUACUGCGAGCGGUCUCGACGUCCGCUCCCAUCCUCACCGUGCCGUCCGCCCGAAAUAGCGCACCGGUCCGCCGCCGCCGGUAGUGCACCCUGUCUCGUUGCUUCACCCAGUGCGGAGCGGCGCCCGCCCCGCGCAGCGCGUGCUCUCUCACUCCCCGCCGAGCUCGACGUGUGCGCCGAGCCGAGACGUCACGUCGCCCAUCGAGCGCGUUUCCGACAAACCUUUGAAGUUUCUGACAAUCUCACCGUCAGCGUGGCUGACCUCACAGCCCUGGACUACCGUGGCGGACCGCGGCGGCCUCGCCUUCCACCACCGCCGCCACCACGCGCUCACCGCCAUGUACCUCCACCGCCACCCCCGCCGGUCGAAAUUGUCAUCCGGCAAGCAACCACGGAAUCCCCUGCGCGAGAACCAAGUGCAAGCAGUGAUUCUACUACAGAGUCGGAGUGCGCGUUUGUACGUGAAAUGGAGGCGACGGCGCGUCGUCUGGAUGAAACGGCACUACGAGCACUCGCCGAGAGCGGUGAUUAUGAUCGCGAACUCUCUGUUAUGACUACUAGACGAUUACACGACUCAUGGGGUGCGUGGGAUGAUGUGCUCGAAGAGUUACGCCGCCGUAUGGACCCCCCGUCGCCGUCCCCUUCCCCACCGCGAACGCCAUCCCCCGACCCGAUACGAGAACCACCUUUCACAUCGACGCCCCUAAGAUCGAACGAUGCACGCGUUAGAUCAACUCCGGAGUUGCGCUCUCGAGGUACGCCACAUCGAGAAACACCUGAAGAAUUGCGCGCGUCGCUCCAAUUGGUUGCGCCGCCACCCCCGGAUGCCGGACCCCCGGUACGGUCAGUGUCCGCAGGCUCUAAGGGAGUAACGUUCUCACCGGUGGUUGCAGAAGUCAGCUGGCGGGAGACGAGUUCGAGUACCACUGAGAGCGAAACGACCGCGAGCGAUGACGCUAACGACGCAGAGGUGGAGGUCGUGGAGGGGAGCGGCGAGGAGCCGCGCGCGCCGGCCACAGAGCGCGCCGCCGCCAUGACGGAAACGGGCGCGCGCGCGCCGCGCAGCCGCAUAGCCGGCUUCCUCUCGCGAUUCGCUAACUUCCGAUUUUCGGGGCGCAAGGAGAAAAAAACAAGAGGCGCAGGCGCGAACGCGCGACCCUCUACGAAUGGUACGGCAACGGCGGCAGACGCGGGGUACGCACCGCGCGGGGCGGCUGCCGGGCCGCAGUAUGUCCGCAUCCCGCUGAAGGAGGAGGGUGUGUCGCGGUCGGCGGCACCCUCCGUGGCGGGCGGUGUGGCGCACAAGCCCCCGAGGCCGCGUCCGCCGCCCGCUCCGGCGACCGGCGUGCUGGAGACCGAUGUGGACACGCAGCGAACCGUCCUGCACGCACGCUCCCUGCUGGCGCUCGCACCGCCAGACCAGCGAGCUCCCAGACCGCACAAGUCCAUGGAGUUCCUGCUCGACAAGGACAGCGCACAAACAGUCAAGAGGGGCAUUAUUGCGACAGCAUACGGGCCGCACUUACAGUUCACACGCAAUCCAUUUGAACAGGGCGGAGGUGAAAGUGCGCUCAUGAUCACAUCUGCACGUCGUACAUUAUGA